AUGGUGGACCGCAAGGAGCUCGUACAGAAAGCAAAGCUCGCCGAACAUGCGGAGAGAUACGAUGACAUGGCAGCUGCCAUGAAAUCGGUGACUGAGCUGAACGAGGCGCUGUCCAAACAGGAGAGAGUCCUGCUCUCAGUGGCCUACCAGCAUGUAGCGAGGAAGAGGCGCUCAUCCUGGCGCUUCGUCUCCAGCAUCAAGCCGAGAACCAGGACCGGCGGCGGCAACGAGAAGAAGAUCCACAUGGUGCGGGCCUACCGGGAACAGAUCGAGAAGGAGCUGGAGGCCGUUUGCCAGGACGUCCUCCACCUCCUCGACAACUUCCUCAUCCGGAACUGCAACGAGACGCAGCACGAGAGCAAGGUGUUCUACCUUAAGAUGAGGGGCGACUACUACCGUUACCUGGCCGAGGUGGCCACGGGGGAGAAGCGGGCCACCGUUAUGGAGGCCUCCGAAAAGUCCUACAGCGAGGCCCACGACAUCAGCGUGGAGCACAUGCAGCCCACUCACCCCGUCCGCCUGGCGCUGGCUCUCAGCUACUCCGUCUUCUGCUUCGACACGAAGAACGCCCCCAAGCAGGCCUGCCACCUGGCCAAGGCCGCCGUCAACGACGCCUUGGCCGAGCGCGUCGCCCUCAACGGCGAGUCCUCUCUCUUCGUAAGCCUGCUACGAGGCAACGCGGCGCGGUGGACGGGAGUCCCGCAAGACGACGAGGGGGCAGGGGGGCAACAGUUGAACAGUCCCGAAAUUUAG